UCAAAUAGUAAAGUAAACUUAGUAAAGUAUUCAGUGCAUUUCCUAGUAGAGUGAUGUAAAAAGAAUUACAGGCAUUUUUCCCCUUUAAGGCAGCCAUGGGUGGAGUUACGGUAACGUGUUCUGGGUGUUGAGUUCUUUUAUAAGGAGAUGUGGAAACCCGCGUCACUCUGACAAAAUGAGUUUCACCUCCCAGUGUUGUUGACAGAGGAGGGUCGAUGCACAUGGGUCAGGGUUGACUGACAGACUGGAUUUUAGCCUCACGAGUGUCAUUUCUCGCUUGGGACUGAGGGCGAUCGAACGAAACCAGCUGUACGUGACGGAUAAGCAGCAUUUGAUUGGUGAGGCUCGUCACGUUCUCAUAAAAGUUGUUUGAUGAAUAUUGGCUCUUUUUUGUUGCCUUUGCCUUUACCACGGGACGGUCAGAUGCUGUGUUGUAUGUGAUGUGAAUGUUACUCUGUUACUAAGUGUAUACGAGUGUUUUCCACACUGGGACGUCACGAAAACAAGAAAAAGAGCCGGUCAGAAAUCACUCUAGUCUGUUCUCUGAGUAGAGUCUGUAUAGUUCAGAUGUGUGUGGACAGCAUUUUGUAAGCUGGACAUUUGUGUGAGUAGACCAGCUAGAGGAAGUUAUUUAUCUAAUGGAACGCACUGUACUUCUGAGUCACUGAGGGAUUUCACUCGCGUCCGCCGAGGGAAGUCACGUCGAGGCGGGAUAGGUCUUGGACUGCUCGGCACUUCCAUUUUCACCCACUAGUAGGCGAUAGAGAGUAAACCAGUAAUCCUAUGUCUGUCUGAAGUUUUCGUAUAAUUUAAAGCACAAAAAUAUAAUAAAAUGAGGGAGUCAAAAUUGGUUUACAACUAUCAUUCAAAAAGUGUAAAAAAAAGUGACUUCAGUAAUAUAAUGUAAAAUAAUUUACAGUAAAAAGCGCAUGACCCAGAGUUAAACGUGGGCUGUGUUAUAAUAAUAAUAUAAUAUAGUAAUAAAAUAAACUAUAAAUAUAUAGUUUAAUGGUUACAUAUGAUGUGAAAAUGUACUACAUGCCGAUGUGGCCCAUGACCAGGUGGAGUUGUGCUUUUUUCAAACUAUAAAAAUGUGAAAAUCUUCAUUUUCUGCACACUAUCUAGACUUUAGUUUGUUAGAAACAAAACAUUUCGGACAUGCAAGUAGACUAUAAAGUCUACCUACCCUCUUGUUACAUAUUAGAUAUGUAACAAUAUUAGAUAGGUUGUUACAUAUCUAAUAUUAUGUAACAAUAUUAGAUAUGUAACAACAAAAGAUUUUUAACAUGUUUAUUUAAUUUUUUUUUAUAUUUUUUGUAAGUAAAAAGCAAGUACUAAAACUGCAUUUUUUUCUGUUAAAUAUCAUCACAAACAUCUUUUCAUAUGCCUCUUUUAUUCGCCAGUUGAAUGAAGUUAAACGGUGGAAAUGUCAGGAUCUAAUGAACUGCACUAAACUGUCAUAUUUACAGCAUGGGCUUCGCCUGGUGACCCAUUAAAAAUCAGUACAUGCAGAUAAACCUAAAGGUCUGGUUUGUUAGUGCAUUGUAAAAAAAUUUUUGAAAGCCGCAGUCACAUUUAACCCAGAUUAGUUUGGUGAAUAAACUUGUAUUUGGGCUGCGGAUCUUGUUGUUAAAAUGGUUUCUCUCAUUGAAUCAAAUGCUUUAUUGUUUCGUUUUGUGGCGCGCAGUCUUGUAGUUAGUCCCACAGCUUAGCAGACUUAAUUAGUGUGUAUGUAUGUGUGUGUAAGGUGCAAACUUCACGCCAUCAGGAUAAUCAACUCGUGUGUAAAGAAGGCCCGGUCACUGAGUGGUCUAUUGCCUGAAAAAAAGUUGAGGUGGGGACUGCCAAGGACAACACACCAAGGACCCUGCAUGUACUAAACAAACUGUUUUCUUCAGCCUCUGGCUUGUCCUUCCAACUGUGCCAACACACGCAGUCCCCCCCGCAGGGGACUUUUUGUGGCACAGACUCAUACCUUGGCCGUGGCAGCUUGUCUCCAUGGCGUAUCUCUAGUCCUAACCUCAUGGGAGAGUUUACUUGUAUUUUCAGGCUUGCUUCGCUGUGCACCAAAGUGGUACAAAGGCCCAUUCAUGCCCGAGAGUGGCUCCAUUCAUGGACACUGAGUAAUUGCCGGUAGAAUUCAUAAUUAGUCUGUGUCUUCCAUCUCCGAGGCUCACGGGUGGAAAUGACGCCACAGUUGGUUGUUUUAAGGAUAGCAUUAAUAUUCAAAUCCACGCUUGAGUCACUGUUUUGUUUGUAGUUGGGUUUCCUUUGCAUGCUCUGCAUUGUUUGCUUCCCACUUCGGCAUUGGAGUUAUCAUGGACAGGAAACAAAGCAGGUCUUUGAAGCGAAAGAUUGCAGUGAUAGUAGAAUGGAGACCUUGGGUUGCCCUCCAGGCAGUGUGGUGCUUUCAUUUUAAUGUGAAAUGGGUCUUUUUAUUUCAUUGCAUAAGCACAGUAUGUGUCCGCCUUAUUGUAUUUUAAUCCUAAAUGUUGCUUUCAAUGCAAGAAGAAGCACAAAUAUGUAAAGUACAAUAUAUGGGGAGAACAAAGAUUUUGAGGUAUGUCAUUGAGUCAAUGCAGCUGGGUGCUUUGCUGCGUCACUGCUGGGAAGACACAGGGGCACCACUCAGUUUUAAACUCCUUCAGUUGUCUGAUGGUCUGCUUAACCUGAGCUGCACAUCUGACCGUAAGCCAAAACCGCAACAGCAAGGUUGAUAUCAGUUGCUGUGCAUCAUAUCAGGAGAAACAGUCAUCAUCUUUAUAGAUAUGUGCUAGUUCAGAAUCUUAAUCAUCAGCAUGGAAGUCACGUACAUUCUUUGUACUUAUUUCAUUGCUUUGCCUGUCUGCACAAAAUUCUCUCUCACCUUAACCCCUUAAAAUAUUUUAACAGUAAGGCAUUUCCUAGUCAUUCGCAUUGUGCCACUUUUUAAGUGCACUUUUGUUCUCAGCCAGUAGGCUAACAAGGUUAGGGCUUGUGACCCUGUCAGACUUAAACUAAAUUUUCCUUCAAGUGCAUCUAUAAUCGUGGUGCUUUGGGGCCGUCUCAGCGGUGGAGUUUGUCAUUCAGCAUCACAGGAAUUCUGGACAAUAAGCCCCUUUUGUGAGGGCAGAUACUGGAGCGUUGCACAGAGACGAAGGAGGUUGCAGGAGUACUGUCGCCCUCCCACAUCUGACCCAGAGGUUGUGUAAUACCCUGCUCAUCAGACAAAUAGCUUUAAACUGGAUACAUAUGGUGGCUGAGAGAGCAGGCUGAAGCAAUUUUCUUGGCUUUUGUUGUUACUCUUGUUUCCUCAAGGCUCACCUAAAACAUGCGGGGUAUCGCAAGUCGUUUGUUUACUGCGUCUAGUGAAAAAUGGCAUAUGUUCAAAAUGUAAGCGUUUCUUUUGCACUGCUUUCAUAACCUUUUUGAGAAUAGGAAAAAGCUAUUGGAUAUAGUUGUGUAAUGAUACUUUUACUACACUGAAAUGUGAAUGAUAUGAAUGUUUUUCACAAUCCUGCAAAUCUACAUACUAAACAUAAAGAAUGUCAUGAAAUGUUACAUCCUCUGAACUUUGUUAUAUGUUACUCAUUCAAUGUAAAAUACUUAGCUUUAUAUACAAUUUUCAUGAAGUAGUCCAUCUGUCUGUAAUAUAUGCUGUAUGCUUGUGUAUGUGCAGUUAUCUUGUAUUGUUUGCUGCCUUUCGCCUUGCCUGGUAAGAUAAGAACGUGCAGCUGAGUGUGAUGGACGGUGAUGAGAUCCAGCUGUACCCUGCUUAUGGGCAUUUCACAUCAGCAAAGGUGUGACCUGAAUGAUGUGAUGUAAUGCAAAAGCCAGAUGUGAAUGUAAAAGAUAGCCAGAUGAAUCCCCUUGCACUCUAAUGUCAGUGUUUCUUCAACAGCUUACCACUGGCUAGAAUGAGGCUGUGAUGGGUUUGACGGAGCUGACUUGUGUUGGAGCUUUAGAUCGAUAUCAAACAGAGCUUCUUAUAAGAACACGAUCUCUUCUACAUCAUGGCCAGGAGUCAGAAUAAUUUGUGGAGACAGCAUGACCUGAACAGAGUGCAGAGCUUUGGCCUGAGUGCUUACACAGAGCAAACCCUGAAGGAGCUUCAACAGCAACAGCAAAUGGCCAGCGAGUUUAACUCCAACCCCUCUCUCUCCCAGCCUCCAUUUUUUUCUGAUUCCUACCACCUAGCAUCAGACAACAUGCUGCUGCCCAUUGAGGGAGACCAGGUGGUUCCUUCUUCCCAGAGACAGGCAGUGUUCGGGGUUGAUCAGAGGGAGGCCAAACCCUUGCCACCUCUGCCAGACCCCGAGGAGCUUAUGUCAGAUGAAGCAGCUGAUAGUGAGGUUGAGUUCUUUACCAGUGACCGACGGCCCCUUUUGCCCAAAAGCUGCCCAAAGCCUAUCUGCAGGAACAGCAGCAAAGACUUUGGCCAAGUAAAUUAUGCCUACCAAGAUGCUGGCGUUGGAUCCAUGGCUUUCUCUUGGCCAAGCAGAGAGGACCGGCCAACAUUUGGAGGAGGCAGGUUUGCGGCCGACAUUUGGUGCCUUGGUCACCAGAGAGAUGAAAUCCAGCCUGUGGUGUCGGACGCUGAGGAUACCUUUGGAGCCAAACGGCCAGACCAGAACCUUUUACCUAGAAUCCAAUUUUCUGGCUCGGGUCCUUCCACCCAACCACACGCCAGCACCUCAUCAUGGUCCACUGACAGGCCACAAAUCCCUCCUCGUAUCCCCAUCCCACCAAAAUCAAAGACUGGGACCGAUGAAGACAAACCUCCCAAAAUCCCUCCUAGGGUGCCUUUAGUCCCACCCUGUCCACCACGCACCCCGAGCCCUAAAAGUCUUCCAAUUUAUAUCAAUGGAGUGAUGCCUGCCACUCAGAGUUUUGCUGCUAACCCCAAAUAUGUCAGCAAGGCGUUGCUGAGACAGAUGACAGGUGAGCCACCUGCAACCCAGUUUUCUCCCUGCAUUGUUCCGAUUUUGAAGGAUGGCAGAAAGGCCAGCGGGACGCACUACAUCCUUCUGCCGCCGGGCCGACCGGCAAACACAGAGAGAAGAGAAAGACUCCUGAGUGAACCUGCUAAGACAGGGAACAGCAGCUUCUGGCAGAAAAGGUAGAAAUCAUCUCACCAUGUCUGAAACUAGACGAGUACAAAACGGUGACUGACGUUAUUAAUCACUCUGUGAUACACAACUGUACAGUGUGCGAUAAUAUCUGCUCAUAUGUGUAACGUAUUGGUAUUUUCAUUGACUGACAUGUGUUUGGUGUAAUAUCCACGAGGUUUUUUUGACUGAACAUUUUACCAAUCAGUAUUUUAGAGACGUCUCUUCUACUUCGACCACAACGACAACACAAAAUUAAUAUAGUAUUUUCACAAAUAGAGAACAGAUAUUUAUUUUCUAUCACCAUUUGUGAGUUUUUGAUAACUAAGAUACUGCCGUUUUCUUACUAAAAAAAAAAGUAUGAUCACUUAUAAAUUUUUAAAGUCUGACAGUCGUAUGCUCAUACCACUAAAAACAGCCUUAGCUAUGCAACAUAUACCUUAUAAGAGAGCACGUCUUUAUAAAUGUACAAGCUGGGCUUGUGCCAAACUGUUCCACGUCUGUUAUUUUUUAUCACAAUGCUGCUUGAAAAAUAUAAUGUAUUGAUAGAUUUGAUGUUUUUCCAAAUAAUUAAAGUACUAUUUGAAUAUUUUAGCAUCUUUUCAGGUAAACUUAAUAAAGUGCUCCAUUAAAAAAUACCAGAUUAUAAAGAGUUAGCCAAGUGCAAGUCUAAAAAUUCUUAACAAAUUUUAUAGUAAAUAUGCAAAUGAACAUGUUAGAUCACCCCCCCCACACACACACACACACACACACACUCGAUGCAGCUAAUAUUGGUUGUUUGCGCUUUUGAAUUAGCUUAUGAUUUCAGUAUCACAAAGCUGAUUGAGAUAAGAUAGCCUUAUUACUCCCAGAGUUUAGAAAUUUACAUCAAACUACAUUAACUACAGAAAAUUCAGCAUCUGCAUUUAAAGUGUCAAUUUGUUCAUUUUAAUCAGUGUGUAUUUAAAGCUAGAUUCUAAUUCAUUUUCAUUAGAAACUUUGUUGAAAACCUGCAGUCACACUUAUGUUCACAGGUCUUUAAACAUAUGAAGAGCGAGUCAGAAGUUUUUACUUGUUGCAUUUGUAAAUAGAGCUGAAAAAUUGUCAUUAGCUGAUCCUCAUGAAAAAUUUUAAUGAUGUAAAUCUGAUGUUGUGUAUACUUUUUUUUUUUUUUACUGUGUGGGCAUGGAAGUCAUGUUACGUUUACACUGCUGAGGUGCAGGCCCACAUUUACCUUUGUUACACCAACCUCUAUGAAGUUCUCAUGAAGGUUCUGUAUCAGAUUUGGCCCAUUCAAAGGCUGUUUGUAAGUUCAUAAUUCUGUGUCAAUUGUAAAAAUUGUCUUUAAUCUAUUUAUAGAAAUAAAUAACUUAUUCAUUCUA